AUGCGGGAAAUUGUAUAUGAUGACUCAUUGGAGCUGUGUAUUAUUCAAGGUAAGGAAGAUGAUGGAGAUUAUCCCAUUAGAGUUGAGCAAGUAGCCCAUCUAGAGGCUACUAAGUUCAUGGUUCGAAAUAAGGCGUUUGAGGAUAUUAACGAGAG